ACCAAAAUAUCAUCAAAUUCUCCUUCUUCCCCUUUUCUUUUGUUCACCUUCAAAUUUUCAAUCAAUUUAAGUUACAUAUACUAAUUUCCCUUCUUCUCCAUUAUCUUCAUUUUCUUAAUACAUACAGCAUAUAUAAGUUUAUCGAUAUCGAGUCAGGAGAUUAUUCUUUUGAUCUCCAACAAUAAAAGAGUGUUGAUUUUAAUGAACUCAUUUUACAAUCUCGUCUGUGAAUCAACACAAUCGAGUGGUUCAUUCUGUAGAUGCUCAAAACAAAAUAUUGUCAUACGAGAGUGAUUUUUGGAAGAAAAAAAAAUGUCGGAACUGAGACUUCAGUAUUUUCAACUUAUCAAGUCAAAAUUCUUCUACUUAUGUUCUUUCAUUAUCUCUCACCCUCUCUACUUCUCCUACUUCAUUUUCUUCUCUCCUUACAUCCUUAGACUCCUUUCAUUCCUCUCACCACUCUUCAUCACAACUACCCUUUUGCUCCUUACCCUUUUCACCAUCUCUCCAAGUCUCAUUCUCCACAACAACACGAAAGGAUUAACACGAAAUGACGAUGAAGUAGUCCUCGAGGAGUUGGAGGAAUUUGAAGCCUACAAAGUUGUGUUUGGCGCGUCCAAAGUUGAUCAUCAAGAAAACCAUGUCGAGUUCUUGGACUAUAAAUCAGCUGAGGAAAGUGAAUCCCUUAUUCUUGGUCAGUUGGGAGGUGAAAUGGAGAGUACUAAGCAUGUCAUAGAGGAGAAGACAUUGGAAAAUUUCUUCAAUGAAGUUGAUGAAUUUGAAAACACCACUUUGAGUCAUAAUGUGGAAGUGAAGAAAGUAGACAAAAUGAUUGAAAAACAAAAGAAAGAGGUAGCUGUGGGAAAUGAAGUUAGAAAAAAAGUUGAAAAUGUGGGAAUUGGUUAUGGAUCAAUGAGGAAAGAAAAAGAGUGGAAAAGGACAUUGGCAUGUAAACUAUUUGAGGAAAGGAACAAUGCUAGUCAUAGCAAUAGUGAAGGAAUGGACAUGUUGUGGGAAAAAUAUGAAAUAGACACCAACAAAAACAAGGCAAAAAGGGACAAUAAUGUAAAGAAGAUGAAAAAGAAAGCAGAGUUGAAAGAAUAUGAUGAGGAUGAACAAGAAAUGAAUGAUCAAUUGUGUUGUUUACAAGCCUUAAAGUUUUCAGCUGGAAAAAUGAAUUUGGGCAUGGGAAGGCCUAAUCUUGUCAAGAUUUCAAAGGCAUUUAAAGGUUUUGGAUGGCUACAUCAUGUGGGGAAGAGUAACAAAAAGGUGCAUUGUGGUGAUCUAAGUUGCUCAGACUCCUAAAAAUGUCAAAUAGUGAUGCGCGUUGAAUCUCCAAAAAUUGAUAGGCGGAGUCUAUGAAGUAAGUUUAGAUAUAAGGUGAACAAUGUCUCUAGUAUUAAAUAUGCUUUGAAGAUAACUACACCUACUUGUCAAGUAGAGUACUUCUUGUUUUAGUCCUUCAGUCUUAUUCAAGCAUAGUAAUCUAUUAUAAUGUUUUCUACUUUUUUACCAUUUGGAAA